AUUUAGUUAGCGAGCAUAGAGAAACUGGCAUUUGGCAAGCAAGGAUCUGAGAGGCAGGGAUAGUGAGGGAGUUGGGACCUCUCUAUUCACUUGACUGUUAAACAUUGUUUCUACUCGGCUACGUUCCUGCCAGCAUGUUCGUGGAGAAGAAUACCCUCAGAUGUGUUGCAGUUCUUGGUUCGUUGUCCUUGUUACUCCUUUAUUUCAGAGAUAGUAUAGAAGCUGAUCUGGCGGGGUGGAAACAGUCACAAGAGUUCCUCAACAUUAACAUACACAACGAACAAGUACAAGUUGAGAAAGUACAGAAAGAGGAGUCUCACACAUAUUCAGAGUUACUCCCCGAUUCGACCCCCACCACAACAGUAACUUCUACUACUCCUAAUUCAACACAGAAUAAUGACGACUCUUCUGAUAAAGAGGAGGAGAUUGAAACAGAUAACGGUACCUGGAACAGUGCAGUUAAAGCAAGAAAUCAGAGUUAUAAAGGUUCGCUCUCUUUGGAAAUGGAGGUUAUCAUAGAGUCCGCUAAAGGUCACCAUGUACAGCUUGAUGAUAGACUCAAGAGGACGAUAUCUUCCAUCGAUCAGAGAAGUGGUGUAGCGCCCAGUCAGGCAACCCUACGAGACCACAUCUCACAACAGUGUAAAACAUUAGGACUUGACAACGGAGAGGUAGAAAUUAAACCUAGACUAGUUUACUAUAACACUGAGCACAAGCUCAUCUACGUGGCUAACCCUAAAUGCGGUAGCACCUCCUUUAAGAAGUUCAUGUUGAAACUAGGAGGAGAUAAAAGAGAAUACUCCGAGAUGGAGGAGGUACACAACGAGGAGAAGAAUCCACUUUUAAAGAGCCUCUGGGAAGCACCUCUAGAGUUGCAAAAGGAAGCUUUGAGAACAUACUACAAAGUAACAUUCGUCAGAAACCCCUUAGUUCGUCUUGUGAGCGGGUACAGGAACAAGAUAGUAAGAAUUCCUAAGGGGCAUUACGUGGACCAAAUACAGGAGAUUAUAGCUCAGAACUACGGAGUGGAUGCGGCACUGAGUUGGAUGCCAAGGAGGCAGUACCGGCCCUCGUUCGAACAGUUUGUAGAGUACCUUAUCUACACGGGAAAUGCUAGAGAGAAUUACCACUGGGCCCCGUUUGCAGACUAUAUAGGGUUAUGUGGCUCAACAGUAAAGUACGAUCUUAUCGCACAGCUCGAAACAGCACAUCAGCACGUAGAGGAGAUGAAGGAGAUGGUGCCAAGUUUAAAAGAUAUUCCCUUUCCCCCGAGCCGGACUGAAAGAGCAGCGGAUCAGUACAGUUCGGAGGAAGUGACCGCCCUGGCCUUCUCCAACCUGACCGAAACACUGAAAACAGGCGUUUAUAAGCUGUACGAGAAAGAGAUCAAAUUAUUGGGCUAUUCACUGAUACACGAUCAAAACUUUCCCUUUCUCACAUCGGCAACUGUUCAUUUAGAGGAUAUAUAGUUUAUUAUAAAGCUAUCAAUUUUAUAUUUUAAAGGUACCAUUACGAGUUACAUGAUUGUUGCGAAGAAUCAAGAAUGAAAUUUGCAUAAAUUUUAAUUACAAUUAAUGAUUUAUUAUUGAGAUUUGUAAAUGAUAAAAUUUGUAUUCAGAAAUUUGAUUGUUUUAAUGUACAUUAAACAUAAACUGAUGACUGGACGUAAACAGCAUAUAUAAAUUAUUUGAUGGCAACCACACAAAAUCUCGGAGAAUUAUGGAAAUUAUUCGACUUUGUAUAUGCGGAAGAAACAAUUCCUCGGUUGUAGAUGUUCCAGAUUCCUUCGUUACAGCUGUAAAGUGUGAGUUUUGUAGUAUAGUUUGAGUUAAGCAAGGCAAUUCG